AUGUCAAGUCGUCAAAUUCAAAGUUGCAUUAAGGAUAUUUUGAACGUGAAUGGAGAUGCCAGUCAGAAGUUGGAUUGGAAUUCAGGAAGGUUAAAGAAGAUCCAGGCUGCUACAUCCACUCUUUAUAAUGCAUCUUUGGGGAAAGUGAUGCUGAAACAAGAUGAAGAGUUGGCUAGAUGUCAUAUUUCUGCGUAUAUAGCUGUCGAGCGGUUGGUUGAAAAAUAUGGCACGACGGAUGAAAAUGGAGAUGACAUGAUGUACUACCUAGAUAUGAUUCCCAUGGAGCCUAAAAAAGCAAGAGGAAUGGUGGAAUUAUUCAAACAAAAUAUUUUUCAAACGUCCCCAGUGAAGAAAUUCAGUUGGACUCCUAGUCCCAAAAAGAGAUCAAGAAUAUCGCCUAUAAAGAACGAUACUUUCACAUCACAAAACCCUAGCGAUCUAAGAAAGAAAUUAUUUAGUUCCCCAACCAUGAGUCUAGGAGAGACUGGGGAGACACAACAGCACGUUACUCCUACAAAGCAAGUAUUGGAUAAAACUGAUGAUGAAGAAGAUUCUGAGGCAGAUAGAACGCCAAGAAGAAAAUUAAUAUUUGAAGAAGAUAUUGAGAAUGAUGAAGCUGAAUUGUCACCAAUCAAGAAACCCAAGCUAGAUGGAGUUAAUGUACAGAAGUCUAACUUCAAACAUGGCGAGGCUGCUGACCAUAUAAGUCACUCGGAAAUGAUUACACGAAACGAGAAUGAAGAUUCCACAAAGGAAGAUCGUAAUGACAGUACAGACUCCAAUAAUCAAUCUCUAGUAAGAAAUGUGAAGAAAACCAAAGAAAAAAAUGUAAAUCCUUCGAAAAGGAAAACAGUCAAUACUCAAAAAUUCUCAUAUAAUUUAUUGAAACUAGGUACAUCUAAUAUGCUAACUAGAAAAUACAGUAAAAUUGCUCCUGCUAGUGUGAUUCUGUUAUGCAACAUGUUCGAGCUACCAAAAACAGUUGCAUACAACCUAUUGGAUCAGUUUAUGAUGUUAUCAUCUUAUUUGGUCUGCCCAUGGCAAUUAGUAUGUGGAUUAGUGAUUAGCUGCGCUAAAAUUGUUCACAGCGAAAAAAGAAAGAACGAUCCCAGGAUAGAUUAUAGAAUCCUGGAAAGGAUGUGUCUCGCCAUGAACACUGUUGAAGUUGAAGAAAUUUUGGAAUGCAUCGGGAUAGUUGAAGAAUUAAUAUCUGGAGAAGAAUGGUACCGUAAACUCAAAGUCGAAUACAAUGACUUCGAUGGAAAUAAGUAUGAAGAAUCUUUGUCAAAAGAGAUUGGGUCAAUGUUACAAUCCAAGAGUACUUUGGUAUCCGAUGAACAAUAUUCCAAUUGGGAAUCCAAAAUCAAACAAGAUCUCUCUUUGAAGCAUGAUUGA